GUUAUGAUCUUUAAACCGAUCUGUUCUUCUGCUUCAACUGUUUUAACAACUUUCGUCCAAAAUGAGUAGGAUUUUAGACAUUUUAGCGGCUACCCUCGUUAUUUGUUUUACUGUGGGGCUGGACGCUUUACCAUUUCACAGUUUGAUUAAGUCUAAACAGCAUCAAGUAGGCCUUUCCAGCACAGAUCCACAGUUUACAGAGAAAUACUUCACCCAAAUCCUGGACCACUUUAACUUCAACAGCAUGGGCAAUGGGUCAUUCCAACAACGCUAUCUCAUCACAGAUAAAUACUGGAAGACAGGCUAUGGCCCUAUAUUCUUUUACACCGGUAAUGAAGGAGACAUCUGGGAGUUUGCCCUGAACUCUGGAUUCAUCAUUGAACUGGCAGCUCAGCAAGGUGCCUUGGUCAUCUUUGCAGAACAUAGAUACUAUGGUAAGUCUCUGCCCUUUGGAGAAGACUCGUUUCACAUCCCAGAGGUGGGGCUGCUGACAGUGGAGCAGGCUCUGGCUGAUUAUGCAGUCAUGAUCACUGAGCUCAAGCAGGAGCUGGUGGCCUCAGACUGUCCCGUCAUCGUGUUUGGGGGCAGUUACGGAGGAAUGCUGUCCGUCUACAUGAGGCUAAAAUAUCCCAAUAUUGUGGCAGGUGCUUUGGCUGCUAGUGCCCCCAUCCUGUCAACAGCGGGUCUAGGAGAUCCCCGGCAGUUUUUUAGAGAUGUUACAGCAGAUUUCCAGAACAUUAGCCCAGAGUGCAGUGAUGCUGUGAGAGGAGCUUUUGGACAGCUCAAGGAACUAGCCGAAAGACAAGAUUAUAGCUUAAUUAAGGAGAAGUUUGCCCUGUGCAAGGCCCCCUCCUCUCCCCAGGACGUGCACCAGUUGAACGGGCUGCUCCGAAACGCCUUCACCCUCAUGGCCAUGUUAGACUACCCCUACAGCACGCACUUUAUGGGGGAUAUGCCAGCAAACCCAGUCAAGGUGGGCUGUGACACCAUGCUGAGUGGACCAGACCUGCUCACUAACCUGAGAAAUACUGCAGGAAUAGUGUACAACUCCACUGGAGAGCUGACAUGUUUCAACCUGUACAAACUGUUUGUGGAGUGUGCGGACCCCACUGGCUGUGGCCUGGGCUUCAACAGUAUGGCCUGGGACUAUCAGGCUUGUACUGAGAUCGACCUCUGUUUUGAGAGCAACAACGUCACAGACAUGUUCCCCCCGAUGUUUUUCACUGAGGAGGACAGGGAGAGCUACUGCACCAAGCGCUGGGGGGUGGUCCCACGCCCAAACUGGCUCAAAGUACACUUCUGGGGAGAUGAUUUAUUCACGGCCAGUAACAUCAUUUUCUCUAAUGGAGAUCUGGACCCAUGGGCAAAUGGAGGGGUGAGGAAGUCCCUGAGUUCAUCUUUAGUGGCCAUCAACAUUUCAGGAGGAGCUCAUCACCUGGAUCUGAGAGGGUCAAAUGACGCUGAUCCAGGGUCAGUAAUCAAGGCCAGGAAGACAGAAUCCCAGCUCAUUGAAGAGUGGGUGAAAAUGGAGAAGACCAGGUUAAAACACUUAUAGACAUGUGACACUGUUGUGAGUAGAGAAAUUGUCAGGGAUACAAUAAGAUUUGACAGUAUUUCGCAUUAGGAAAAAGUCAUCAAAAAAUCAUCUUCACUAAUAUAUUGAUUAUCAACACUGCAUUAUGUGCAGUUUUUGGUCAUGUCUUGCUGUACUGUUUGGACAACAUCUAUAUAAAAACAUCUAAAGACUAGACUAGGGUCACGCAGGAAGAUCUAUUUUUAACUGGAACUACAUAAAUGCUGUGUGAGUAUUAUGAAAUAUCAUGUCUAACCAAAAAUACUUGAAUGUACAUUGCACAUCUGCCAAUGUUAUUGUCAUCAAAUUGCACACUUUAGUUUUAAUAAAUCUUGAUUUAAUUUUUA